AUGAGGACCUGGGCUUGCGUUUUGCUGAUAGGUUUUGGCUACCUGUCCUUUACCUUCUCCGAGCUGAGGUUUAAUAUUUUGUUUCCUGUUUUAGGAUAUGAUGAUGUUUCAGAAACAAACUUGAGAUCUUAUAGUGUUCAUUCUGCUAAACAUGUGCAAGAGAAUCGUCCUGUGCCCAUUCGCAGAAAAAGAAGCAUUGAGGAAGCCAUCCCGGCUGUCUGCAAAACACGGACGGUUAUAUACGAGAUACCUCGGAGUCAGAUUGAUCCGACCUCUGCCAACUUCCUGAUAUGGCCACCCUGCGUGGAGGUGAAACGUUGCACUGGCUGUUGCAACACCAGCAGUGUGAAAUGCCAGCCAUCGCGGAUACAUCACAGAAGUGUCAAGGUGGCAAAAGUGGAAUAUGUUAGAAAAAAGCCAAAAUUAAAAGAAGUUCUGGUGAGAUUAGAAGAGCAUAUGGAAUGCACCUGUACAUCAUCAAAUACUAAUUCAGAUUAUAGAGAAGAAGAAACUGAUGUAAGGUGAAAAUAAGCUAGAAAAAAAACUUCUCUCUGGGACAUGGAUGUACAUGGUUUGUUACAUUCCUGAACCUACUAUGUAUGGUGCUUAUUGACUGUAUACUUUAUUUGUUCUCCUGUGUGAAAAAACUGGCUCAAAAGAACACUUAAUGAGAACAAAGAGACAAUGUACAUUUGUUUAAUGUGACAUCAAAGCAAGUAUUGUAGCACUCUGUGAAACAAUAGGAAGCUUCCCUGUCCAAAAAAGAAAAAAAAUGAAAGAAAGAAAAACAGAAAAGAAAAAAAGACAGUUGAAUGAAUGGAGGAUACCAAAAGUACUCAAAAACAUGACAAAAAUCUAAGUGAAUAGUGGAUUUCUGUCAGAGCAGUCAACGGUGCUUUACGUCAAGAAAUGUGCCUGCGUUCUUGAUGAAGAUGGAUGGACACUGAUGGACUUCAGGCACAAAAAAAGCAGGAAUGUAUGAAAUGAUCAAAUGCCACGCAAACACUAUAGAACAAUACAUCCUUGCUUGGUGGUGUUUUAAAAGUCUAUACAAAAAAACCUUCUGGGGAGCCUUAAGUGGAUUUUUUUUUUUUUUUACACCAUAAAGUGAUUAUUAAGUUUUCUUUUUACUCUUUGCCUAGCUUUUUAUUAUCUCUUGGACUACAUUUGCCAAUAACACAUAUAAAAGACUGGUAUAACAAUAAGCAGAACACAAAACAUUAUGGUAUUUCUCCUAGUGGGAUGCAAACUAAUGAGAUGUAUUAAAAUAAAAAUGGUAUACCUAUGCAUAAUUUUCUAGACGUUUCUUGGUUUAUGUUCCCCAACCUCCCCCGUAAUUUAAAGCAUUACAUAAAAAGAAAAAAAGAGAAAAAAAGAGACAUGUGCGUAAACAAAUCAUAGGAUAUCCAUGCAAAAAUCCUUUUUUUUCCUUUAAGACUUAUGCCAGUUGCCUACUAGUGAUAUUGUGUUAGCAAUUGUCAUUCUUAUCAGUAAACAGAUACUUUUAUUUCACAUGUUGGAGCUGUGUGAAAUGUACAAAUUCUUGUAUCUGCAUUGUACAAUGUCAUGGUGGCAUGGGAACUACCUUGCUGCAAAUAUUUGAACAAAACCUAAAGUUCUUUAUUUUUGGUAAAAUGUUAUGCUUUAUGUGUAUUCAACAGAAAUAUGUGUUUUUGUAAAGGUGAAGUUUGUAUUUUUAUCUAAAAAUUAACAGUUUUAUAUACCUGAGAAAGCCUGCUAUGUUUUCUUGAACCAAAAAAAAAAAAAGAAAAAAGAAAAAAAAAGCAUUUUGUGGUCAUAUUUUUGUAGUAGAAUAGCCCAAAUAACAUCAAAAUCUAUUUUAACUAUAGCGGGGCAGAUAAAAUACUCUGGCACCAGCUCCUGUGUUUUCAAAGUGCCAAAGGAUUAAAUGUUCAGUUCCCCACGGAUUGCAGUGGGAGCCACAUGGCUAAAUCCUUCUGUACUGCUUUGGAAAUUCAGGGCUGUGCCAGAUAUGACAUGGCUACUCACUUGGCCAAAAUCACUGCCCCACCCCAGUAGUUUGGAUUAUGUACCCUUUGUUUUAGUUGGAUUAUCACAUUGGAUAUGUACAAUGAACUACUGGAUUCUUUAUUUGUGAAACAUCUACAAAGAGAUGAAAGAGUUUUCUCAGUUUGGAACGACAAAAAAGUUUGUCUUGAAGACAGUGUUUCCACUCAAAUAAAAAAUAUCUUCAAAUGUGAAUGAACUGCAGAACCUUAAAACAACAAAAGAGAGAAUUUUAUCCUUUCCCUUUCUUUAAAUAUAGUUCAGACAUUCCCCUCCUGUUCCUGCAGCUAUGUCCAAUUUCAACCAAACAAAGCAAUGUUAGCUAACAGGCAUUAUUGGCUUCAGAUGCUAAUGCAGAGAUAGAGUUAGUCACCGUUCUAUUUUGUGAUCAUUUUCCCAGUGUAUUUGUUGAGCACCAAAACUGGAAAUACCUUUAACUAAGAUUGUCUGUGCUUGUUUUCCACUAAGUGUACUGUUCACAAUGUUAUGCACAUGAAUGUAUGUGUCUGCGUUUAAAAAAGUGUAUAAAAUGUAAUUUAUAUAUUUAUGUUUCAGUGGGAUGCCAAUAAUGUUGCUCCGUUCCUUUUUUGUCUAAAAGAUAUCUAAUGAAAAAAACCAUAUAUCCAUUAAAAUCAUGUAGUUGAAAAGCAUUAUGUGACCCACUCAGACACUGUGCAGGUAUGAAAGGAUGUCAAAGUCACUUAAGUGGAAUAAUUUGCAAAACAACUUUUGAGAGUCCUAUGGUUGCACUGGCACAAGAAGGUUGCAUUCAGAUCUGUGGGCCAGCUUCCCCGGAGUGAGUCCAUUGAGUAUAAUGGAGCUCUGCUGAUUUACAUCGCGAGUGAGUCUGGCCCUAUAUUGAAGUCUUGAAAAAAAAGCAAACUGAGAGGCAUGCAUUUUAUUGGUGCCAGCAAAUAAAUGUGUUACGCCAAAUUCAGAAAACCAGGAGAGAAUGAAGACCGAAUGGAGUCUUUUCCAGUAGUUGUUUGCUUGAGACUUGUAGUCUCGAGUUGAUGUUAUUACCAGGAAUGAAACGCACAUGAGUCUUUGUUCUCCAGCACCGUGUUUAUACGGCAUGCAGCAGAAAACACAAAAAUCUCAGGGCUAUAUUCUCAGCUAGUAUAAAUUGGCAAAUGUUUUUGACUUCAGCUGCCCCUAAGCUAAUUUACAUCAGAUGAGGAUCCAGUCCAUGGUUUUUAAAAUACAAGGAGUAGUGUCAUGACAUAUGCGUCAUUUACUGUAGUCCAGCUGAGAUACUACCCGCCAGCCUUCUGAGCGUUACAGGCUAUGGUAUUAGUCCUUCUUCAAGGUGGCAGAUAGAACCAGAAGGAACAGUAACAUUAAAGGUUGUGACGCAGGAGACAUUAAUUCAAAGUUAAGUUGGACAUUUCAAGGGCCAUAUCCUCAGCUGGUGUAAAUCACCAUCGCUCCGUUGCCUGCAAUGGAGCUGUACCAGCUUACACCACUUGAGGGGCUGGUCCCUCAUUCUUGCUCAUCCCUUUCACUACUCGGUCCUGCAGGGAUCUCAGAUUGUCGUGUACUGUUAAUGUAAUCCUGUGUUCUCUAAUACUUAAGCACAAUAAGUGAAUAUAAGAAUGAGUGUCAGACUUAACUUUGAAUGUCCAAGCUCUGAAAUGGUUUGUUUCACCAUUGUGGCUGUAAAUUAAACAGUUCUCUGUGCAUUUG